CAAUUGCUUCGCUUUAAUUACCAAACCUUGUUAAUCAUUUACCUUCCCCCUCAUUCUGCUUCUCAGAAAUUAAGAUAAUUAUGAAUCAACAAGUAAUCAGUUGAUAAGAAAUGAUCAAGUAAACGCCCUGUAGAAUCCGAAUCAUUUGUUUACAUUUGAUUUUCAUUUAUUAUUUUCUUUCUAAUUGUGAUUUGCUCUUCUCUCCUUUCAGUGUUAAUCUAAUUGUUGGCUAAUUAGUGUCUUCUAUUGGUUGUUAAUUGUAUUGUUAAUUAUCAAAGAGCAAUGGAUAAGCUUUUCUCCAAUACUCCUGCUUGUGAAUCUGAACAUGUGCUUAAGGUAAUUGGCGAAUUACCUGAUUGGUUAAAUGGUAAUUUGUUCCGUCUUGGCCCAGGUCUUUUCGACCUGGACGAGGAUUUUUGUGUGAACCAUUGGUUCGACGGGGCAGCCAUACUUUUCCGUUACUCGUUUAAGGCCAACAAUCAAGUGUCCGCCCGAUCGGUUUACCUGAAAACCGACGCUUACCAAAAGAUGAUCACAGUUCGUCGACCAGUUUAUACAGAAUUCGGAACUCAAGCUUAUCCGGAUACAUCAAAAUCCAUAUUCUCAAGAUUUAUUAAUCGUGUUGCACCAUCAGAAUUAACUGAUAAUGUUCAUGGAAACAUUUACUCAAUUGGAAAUGAUUUGUAUUGUGCCUCUGAAACCUGUAACAUUUGGCGGAUUAAUCCUGAAACUCUUGAAGCCGAAAAUAAAGUUGACCUUUCCAAAGUACUUUCAGUUCACUUGGCCUCUUCUCACCCACACACUGAACCCGAUGGGACCGUAAUUAACUUAGGAUCAUCUUUCCUUACCGGAUUAAAGUAUCAUCUGUUCAAAAUUUAUCCUAAUUGUAAAAAUCCCGAGGAAAUAAACAACAACUCCAACACUCCGAAUGCCCUCACAACCAAACCAACAACCAGCUACAACCGUAAACGUAAAGAUGAUAAGGCCAAAUGUAACUUUCCACCGACCAAACAAAUCGCCACUUUAUCCUCAUCUUGGACCACAAUGUUUUCAUAUAAUCACAGUUUCUCAGUCACCAAGAAUUAUAUUAUCGUAAUUGAACAACCGAUGUUGAUUAAUAUGCUCAAAUUGGUCGCAGUGGUGAUUAAACAAAAUCCACUGCGAGAAGCAUUUGAAUGGGUCGGUGAUCAAGAAAAGAAUCGAUUUCAUGUUAUCGAAAAGGAAAGUGGCCGCAUUUUACCUUAUUCCUUUACGCUCCCUUUCUUUUCCUCCACGAUUAACGCUUACGAAGAGGAUAAUCAUAUUGUCAUCGAUUUAGUUGGUUACGAUAAUGAGCGUGUUUUGGACACUUUUUACUUGGAGAGACUCCGUCGAGCCCAAACAGUGGAAUCAAUUUGUACACCGACGAUUCGUCGAUACGUUUUACCGAUCGUUGAUACCGAGAAAAUACUUAAAGACAAGAAUCGAAAACGACUUCACGAUAAUCUAACUACUCUUCCUUAUACUAAAUCACGAUCGGAAAAGAUUGACGAAAAUGGAAUCAGUGUAACUGCUGAUAUUCUAUUGAAUCCAGGCUUUGAGAUUCCUUCAAUCAACAGAAAUUAUGAUGCUCGUGAUUAUGAAUUCGUUUAUGGUAGCGGAUUGUUUGAGAGAAACGAAUUCUCAAACUCGUUGGUUAAAUUUAGUGUCAAAUCUCAAUUACGAUGGACUUGGGUUGGUACUCCAACACAAUUUGCAGGCGAGGCCAUUUUUGUACCACGACCUGGCUCAUCAGUUGAAGACGAUGGUUUAAUUAUGUCCACGGUUUCAGAAUUAUCUACUGAUAAAGAUAAUUUCCUUCUCGUUCUUAACGCAAUCAAUUUUAAAGAAGUGGCCAGAAUUGUUAUGGACAAAGUUUCGUUAUGUCCAACUGUUCAUGGACUUUGGGUUCCCAAUCAGCAAUCAAUUGUUACAAUUAAAUCAAAUGAAUCAAAUGAUUCCUGUGAAUCAAGUGGCCAGUCCAAUGAAUUAACUUCAUCAUCAAGUGGCGGUAUUCAACCAAUGCCGUCACAAUAAAUUAACACGCACACAAUCAAAUCAAAUCAAAGUAUUUCCAAUUCACUUUGAUGCAUUUGGAUUAAUUUAGUUAUUUAAUUGUAACUUUUUUCCUCCAAUUUUCCAAUCAAUUGACAAUUUCAAGUUAAUUGUUUUUUAUUAUAAUUUAUAUAAUUUUGUUUAAUUAUUUUUAUUGGUCAUUCAUUGUUGAUUGAAAUCAACAGAGAAAGUAAAACAUUUCUUAUACCAAUUAAUUAAUUGUUCCAAUAUAUUAAUAUGAUUAUGAUACAAAAAAAAUCUUAAAAUUAAAUUUUUUUUUCUCUCUCUUUACCUCAUCAGGCAUACAAUCAAUACUUGACAAUUGUAAUCACCAAAUAAUUGAUGAGAUGAUUAGAGAGCAAUUAAUUAGUGUGAAUAUCAAGUUAAUUUUCACCGAAAUUUCAUAACAAAACGAAUCAAAAAAGUUAAUUAUUGAUCAUUUUUAUUCAAAUGUUCAUUCAUAAUUAUAAAACAUAAAACCGAUAAUUUCACAAACAAAAUAACAAAGCAAAAGCAAAACCGAAGAGAUUUAACAAUUAAUCAAAGAAAAUCCACUUAAAACUAAACGAUUUAAAUUAAAUCCUCUUCAUACAAAAGCAAAGGUAAAAAAGAAAGAAUAAAACAAUUUAAACUAAUCAAUAAUCGAAUUAAAACUUUCCAUUUAUUAAUCUUUCCAAUAGAAAAAAGUUUUUCUAUUCCAACACAGAGGCCGCUGUGGAUUCUCCGUUUCCAUGGAAACUCUUGUCAUUUUUUUCAUCUUUUUGAAAAUUUUUCUCAUUUUUAGUCUAAAAAUUUUAGAUGAAAGUGUUUACCAAAUUGACGAAAUCAAUUUUGUUUAAUUUCUUUUCUCUUUUUGUUUGAAUUUUUAUUUGUUCUAUUUUUUGUUUUUUUUGUUCGAUUGGACAUCAUGGAGAAACUGGAUAAGGUGUUUUCUUUUAACAACACUCACGAACUUAUCAUGUCCAUUAAAUCUGCUUUGGACAUUCCAAGUUUCCAACAGAUCUUUUUACUGGUCGGUGUUUUUUUCUACUUGGUGACCAGUUUGGUGAUCUCUUUUUUUCUCAACAAUCUUUCAUCUCCUUUGGUUUCGACGACAUUAAAAAAUAUAUUUGCUCAUAGUGGACCUGCCGUUCAAAUAGUUAAUAAUUUGAUCUCUCGGGUCAAUAGUCUUUUCUAUUGGACUGGUUUAUCUUCCGGCUGUUUGGAAGCUCUUGUUUGUGGUGCUGGUAGAUCAAUGGGAACAGAUUUUCCAAAGAUUAGUGAUAAUAUCAGGACAACGGUCAAUACAAUUUUAUCUUCCACCAUGGGAAAUCAAACUGAUAGGUAUACUCGCCUUCUUUUGGAUGCAAUGGUUGGUCAAGGAGAAUGUCAAGAACGAGCUAUAUUUGAUUGUCCAGCGAUUUCAAGUUCAGGUCAGCCAACUUUAACUACUGAUCAUGGAACUAAAGUGGCCGGUGUUUUGACGCAGACGAUUUAUUUUAAAACCAUCUCUGGAAUUGCUUUCAUUGCUUCGGCCUCUUUGGUUGGAAUUUUAACUCUAUUCAUUGGCGGAGUUUUACUGGUCAUCUUAAAGCGACAACCAAGACGAUACCGUCACCAUAUUCAAUCUAAUCCUCUAUUUGAACAACAUAUUGCCGCUGAAAAAUUAUUCUCGAUGGUCAGAAAUUUAAACGGGUUGGUUACAUACAAAUCGUUUUAAAUUGAUGAUGACACUUUUAUACGUAUAUUUGUGAUUAUUUUUUAUUUUUGUACAUUUAAUAAAAUUGACGAUUAGUGAAAA